ACGUGCGUCCUUACGGAAGCCAAUGCAUCCUGCUGGGUUUAAAAGGUACUCUUCAGAAUUUAUAAUUUCGCUAUUUUAAUGACGCUUCGGGAAGGAUAUCUGUGUUUGUUGUAACCAUGUCAGAAGAAGUCCUGCUGGCUCGUGUGAAGGCUUUGGAGGAAGAGGUGGAGAGACUGAAAGCUCAGCUGAAAAUAGAGAGAGAUGGAGCUGGGACAGAGGAGAGGACUCAAACAUCAGCCAUUCUCCAAACAGAGAGCUCCAAACAUCAGGAAGGUGGAGAGAACCGAUCCAAACAGAAGAAACGAGGAGCCGAGAGGCCCUUUGACUUCUCUGUCCAUCCUCGCAGGCAUGUGGCACUGCGGCUGGCAUAUCUCGGCUGGCACUAUCAGGGCUUCGCGGUCCAGGAGAACACAGACAACACCGUUGAAGCCCGGCUUUUUGAGGCACUGCUGAAGACUAAACUGAUCCAGGACAGACAGACCUCCAACUAUCACCGCUGCGGCCGCACAGAUAAAGGAGUCAGUGCUUUCUCUCAGGUCAUAUCCAUUGAUCUGCGCUCAACACAGUAUGGAGGAGGUUUAGGUGUGACUGUCCCGGCUGGCGUGGAGGUCAAAGGCAAGGCUUCUGCAGAAGAGUUACCCUACGUGAAGAUGCUAAAUAGUGUCCUGCCACAGGACAUUAGGAUCCUGCAGUGGGCUCCUGUAGAAACCGGCUUCAGUGCACGCUUCGACUGCCAGUCCAGAACAUACAGAUACUACUUCCCUCGAGGAGACUUAGACGUGGAUCUCAUGGCAGAAGCUGCUAAACGGUAUGAAGGAACACAUGACUUCAGGAACAUCUGUAAGAUGGAUGUAGGUAAUGGAGUCUUGCAGUUCCAAAGGACCAUCUUGUCUGCCUCCAUCCAGCCAGUCCAACCCAACCCCACCUGCCCUAAUGACCCACACCAACUCCAUGUCUUCCAGGUCAAAGGUCUUGCUUUCCUCUAUCACCAGGUUCGCUGCAUGAUGGCUUUGCUGUUGCAUAUUGGACAGAAGCUUGAAGCUCCAGAAAUCAUUGAUCAGCUGCUGGAUGUGGAGAAAAACCCAAGGAAACCUCAAUACAGUAUGGCGGUGGAUUACCCUUUGGUGCUGUAUGACUGCCACUUCGAGGGUGUGAAUUGGAGGAAUGAAACGGAGGAGAAGAACCACGUCCUGAACUCUCUGCACCAACACUGGGUUCAGAACGCAGUGAAAACCCAAGUUCUGCUUGGCAUGAUCCAAGGCCUUCAGAAAACAAACCCAGAGAUGACAUCUCUGCAUUGUUGGCUCAUGGAGGGCUCCAGGCAGAGGAAGUACCAGCCUCUUCUGGACCGGCCGCGCUGUGAGAGUUUGGAGUCCAGGAUCCAGCACUUCGUGAAGAGAGGAAGACUGGAGCAAGAAGAAGGAGAGAACGGGGAGGAGACGACUGUUUUCAGGGGGAAAAGAUCAAAACAUUCCCAUCUGACAACAACAAACCAAAUCCAGGAGCAAAACCAUGGAGCAAAAACCGAGGUGCCUAUUACAAAACCUUAAAACAUACUGUGCAAAAUAAUAUGAAUUUAACUUUGUUCUCUUAGCAGCACAAUUACUUAAUUUUCUGUUUUGCCAAAGAAACUCUUUUAUUAAUGGAUUGCUCCGUGUUCUGAUCAUGUGUGAAUUUGAAUUUGAAAUGAGAUGAUGUUGCUCAUAUAUAUAUAUAUAUAUAUAUAUAUAGAUACUACAUCAGUGGAAAUGUCCUUAAAGUUGGCAAUGGCCAUUUAGUGUCUUUAUUUGUAUUGAUUAAAUUACUGACCUAUAGAUAUUAAAUCCAUGUGGUUGCAUUAUUAAUGCCACAUCUGGACCUAGAAUAUGUUGGAUUUUUUUAAAUGUCCCGUUUUGUAAAUAAUUAUGUAAUAUCAUAUUGUCAACAAAAUCAGUUCAAUGCAAUGAACUGAUGCCAAAUUGAAAUCUGUUUCA